AUGGAAUCCGAUUACCAAAUCAGGUCGGGCUCGACUCAAAUAGCUACCACUUGUCAACAAAACAACAUCAACAUCACUAUCAAAAUGAAACUAUCCACAAUUUUCUUUGAAGGUUUAUUAUUAUCAGGUGCUCUUUCUUCACCAAUUGCUGCUGAUGACGCUUCUUUGGAAUCCAAUAACUCCACUGAUGCUAUCCACGCUGAAGGUAGAAAAUGGCCUCAUCUUUGUCAAGACGUAAAUACUGGUGCAUAUUGUAAGGGUAAUCUAGGUGUUAAGCAAUGUAUUCCUAAUUAUACCAUAGGUGGAAUGAGUGACGAAGAAGCUUUCAAAGUUUGUAAAUUUUGGUGCAGUGAAAUCAAAACUCCUACUCAAUGCAAACAAAGCAAAUAUAAAGCAAAUUAUCAUCCACCUUGGGGUUGUGAUGGUGCACAAUACUGCAAAAAAUAG